AGAUGAAUUCGGCAUGACGCUGCACGCUCAUCACGCUUGAUCCCGACUUCUCAGAUCUCAUCAAGCACGGCAAGACAAAGCGUUGCGCUCGUGACUGCUUCUUCCAUCACGAAUGAAGCUGCUGUGCACUACUCACAACAAGCAUCAUCAUCAUCAUCAUCAUCAUCGUCGUCGUCGUCGUCCAUCCUGAGCUUUCACACUCGCGAUUGUUGUCCUCAUUCUGGAACAAGACGUGCAGAUCAGUCAUCACCUCGAGGCCGCGUUUGAUCUCGUCCCUCUCUCUGCGAUCAAGGAACCUCGCAUACUCUCACUUCUCUCUGUGCUCCCUGCGCGAGGUUUGACUGUCUGCCCUCGUGGAAACACUUGGCUACCCCCAACACGUGCCCGUCGUCUGAGCGAGCAACCUGGGAUUAGGCGGCCCUCUUGCGCAGCCAGACGAAGGAUACGAGCACGGCCUCAUCGUCAUGAAGAAGAUUUUUAGCCGCAAAGACGCGGUCACUCCGUACCGCGAUGCUGAUGCUCCUGUGGCGUCAGAAGGCCACGAGGUGCUGCGUCGGCAGGCGUCCAUUGGACACAGCUAUGGCAUGCAACAACAACACCACCACCAGCAGCAUGCUCAAUGGCAUUCAGACGCUCACUACGGUCAGCAAGCCUACCCGACGAGCCAGCAGUUCUCGGGCAGCGCAGAACCUGCAUCGUAUCCGCGCCCACCACACCAGUCCCAUGCACGAGCAGCUUCGCCUUCAGGUCACCCUUUGGGGUUUCAAGGGGCAGAUGCGCCGAUCUUCGGUAGACCGAACGGGAACGGGCAGAACGCGGGGCAAUACCACUCUGCAUACCCUAGCGAAGAUAUAGGUGCUAGUACUGGCGCCAUGGAUGGCCAUUACCGCGAUCAAACGUCUGCACCCAGCCACAACCCCACUGCCCCGCGACGUCGAGCUAGCGACUACGACAGCAGCUCUUCGCCACAAGCAUUGCCGUCGCAUGGUCGUGCGGACUUGCCACCACAUGCCAGCAGGCAGCCGAGACAGGGCAGUCUGGACAUGCGCAAGUUGAAUCUUGGAAGCCGUGGUGGCAUGCCUGCCUUCUCACAAGGGAUGCCACCUGCUGAUCAGCCUCUGCGCAAUGGGACUCAAGCUCAACGUCUUGACACGCAGGACUACGCCACUCCAGGUAGCCCGGUGAUCGAGCCUCCGACGCCACUGGACGACGCUCCCCGUUCCUCACCGCGCUUGAGCAGAUGGCGGAGCUUGCGCCAAUCUUCCGAUGCGAAGCGUGAGAGACUAGCGUCGCGCGAUAGCGGAGCCGACAAUAGCGCGUUCUACCCUUCCUAUGCGCCUCCUGACCAGGCAAGGGAGACACACUACCACUCACAUCUGCCUCACGAGCACUCUUCGUCACCUGGAGCGAGACGCGAGCCCGAUCUACAGCACGAGCAUGCGCAGGUCAAGCCCAAGCGUAAAUUGUUCGGCUUUGGAAGGGAUAAGAAAGACAAGGAGGAGGAGCAUCGUGUGGAGAAUCCGAAUCAUGCCGAGGCUCAAGAAAUUCCCCCAACGCGUCUCACCCACGGAUCCGGAUCUUCGCAGGCGCACGCACCAAAUCAACCAGCGCAGGCGAAUGCGCAGGCAAAGGAGCCAGCCUGGUACGACUUGGUGACGGGGAGCCGAGUCACACCAGCGAAGGGAGAAGGAUUGGUGCACACGAAGAUCGGCUGGCUGUGCGCGCGACCGGCUGAAGCUUGGGACUGGAGCUACUUGAUGUCGCUGGUGGAUAGCAUCUCACACUCCGAAGCAGCCGCGAAGGAGGCGGCUCGCGCUUUAAGGAAAGAGUUCAAGUAUGGGGACAUUGAGCCGCGCAAGCGAGCAACCAAGAUCUGGGCUGUCCUCACUCUCAAUGGCAGUGAUCGCUUCAAGAUGCAAAUCGCCGAUAAGAAAUUUCUGUCGGUCAUCGAGGAGGUCAUCACCAGCCACAAGACGCCUAUCAGCGUCAAGGAGCAGCUAAUAGAAGUUUUCGGCAUGCUAGCCUUCGAGUUCAAAGACGACACAGAGCUCCACAGUGUUACAAAGGCAUACAAUCGCGUCCGCCCUUCAGACAGACCUCUCGAUGGCACACCCCUAAACCCUGAGCACGAGAUUUUUCGUCCAGUCUUAUCAAUGCCACCUGGCGCAGCCCAGGUCCAGUCGGCCUUGCGAGCAAACGGCGUGCAGAGACACACACCCCGACAGCGCAAACCACGGAGCCCGGGCGAGGAGAUGGCGAGGCUCCAUCGCGAGUGCACCGUUGCUAGAGAGAGUGCGCACAUGCUCGUUGAGAACCUUGCUGAAGCUGGUAUGGACAGUGCUUUAGUUGCCGAAUUUUCGGCCAAAACCCUCGAUUCUGAAGAAUUCCUCAUGGGCCAGAUACCGUGGGCUACUGCGCAGGCCGACCGCUCACGCGCGGAUCUCGCUGCACAGAUUGCACAAGACCGAGCAGAAGGUCGACCGGCGUCUGCGAUCAGUCAGACUCAGGAAGAGCGCCUGCUAGCUGAUCUUUUGGAUGCACACGAACGUGUUGUGCAAGCUCGAGAGAUGCUUGGGCACGUCCAAACGCAACAUCAUCAAGAGGAUGAAGACGAGAGGCUUGCAAUUGAGCGCAGUCGAUAUGAAGUACGAGUAGAUCGGAGCAAGCUGCGACAGGAUGCUGUGACUGGAGAUCUGUACUCGAUCGAUGCCGGGCAGUCACUGGCAGCGCCCGUGAUGGAGGCGCAGGGGUCUAGCUCCUCUUCGCGACCUCCGUCGCCGGCUCCUCCAGCCCACCGGCCUCUGCCUGUGCCUUCCCCAGUGGCAUCUUCGGAGGGCGCUGCGCACUCCAUCGGCAGUGCUGCCGGCAUGAAUGGGAGCAGAUUCACCAAUCCCAACGCGCACACUCGCGAGCUUUCGGCUUCGAGCGCUUCAUCUGGCCGCGCACCUAGAGAGGCGCGUCCUGACGGCCCGCGUCCAGCGAGCCUUGUGCCUGGGGGGCAUGCUUUGCCACACGGGCCCCGCCCUCUGCCUUCUACUGCCGGUGCGGUCUCAUCAGCCCACAAGGCAAUCAGCGCUGCUCGCAGCGACGCUUCCCCGACACCCGGUGCUAUGCCUACAGCUCCUCAAGUCGCACAAGGCAGACCCGAACAGGAGUCAGCGUCGCUAGAGAACAGCGCGCGGCCUGCAGCUCUGCCGCCAAUAGAGGCGCUCAAGAUAAACAGUCAGGCGGGCAGUGGGACAGGCGGCAUUGCUGCAUCUGUACCGGCCAGCGCCGCUCGAUUGGAUGACGACAACGAGAGCGUUAUCAUGACGCCUGUGCAGCCCUCUGCCAAAGCUCUUGGCAAGCGAAGGCAGUUUUCAGGUGACAAUUCAGAUCUACCCCAGGCGACCACCGCCGCCGCGGACACUCGUCUAGCUUCCUCACCUCGCCUUUCUCCCGUAGCGGAUGAGAAGCGCCUUUCGAGGGAAGAGCUUCUCAAUAGGCCUCCGCCCGCGGCACCAGUGGAGCCGCAAUUUGCAGCGCAGCAAGCGCAAUCUCCUCCCGCGCUCGCCUCUAACAAUCCUUUCCUCAAUCACACUGCUUUUGCGGGUCGUGAGGCGCAAACAGGAACCAACCCCUUCUUUGCUCAGCAGCAACCUUGACACGGAAUACAUACCUGUCAGACUGGGCCUCAUCAAGCGCAUGUAGAAUCUGUGUCACUUUCUCGAAUUGUUCAUUGGCACUGACCCAAUGCUCUUGGGACAGUCUUGACAAUGGCAACUCAGACGCAUUGGCUGCGCCAAUGAGCAAAUCAACGCGCAGACCCGAUCUGAUGUUCAUUUGAUUGAGCGUGGCC